AUGGAUCUUGACUGUGUCACGACCAGAAAGGACGUGAUACAGGCACUGCGACGAGAGGAGGGACGAGACGCGGACUUUGGGGUCCACAUCUUCGGCCCAAACCAGGCGGAACAGUUUAUGGCCGCCAAGACAGCUGCUAUCGGGGUGAGGGGCGCUGCCCGAGCCCGAAUAACUGCUCGUGGCGUCGGGGACGAGUACGUCCGGGCUGGCAAGGGCGCUGUCACUUACGUCAGCGUCUACCUGACCCCAAACUGCGCCGCGGCGGAGUUCCUGGCGAAGGUUGCGCUCCUCGAGGACGGAAUCAGGGACUUGCCCGGGGACCUCGUGGUCGCGGGGGACCUCAACGCGAGGACGGUCGAGUGGGGCAUGACGGUAACGAACAAACGCGGGCGGCUGCUGCUGGAGAUGGCCGCAAGCCUGGACUUAGUGAUGGCAAACACAGGAGACAUACCUACGUACGGACGGCCGGGAUUUAGAGACUCCAUCCCGGACGUGACGAUGACGACGGACAGAACUUUGCCACGGAUAGGGCGGUGGCGGGUGCUCGAGGGCUACACGGCCAGCGAUCAUCAGUACAUCGCCUUCGAAUUCUCGGCGGUGCUGGCGGCAGUGCCGGCCCCAAUUACCGACGUCCCCCCAGAGCUGACCGGCCGGCAAAGAGCGGAAAGACUAGCAGACGAUACGGCCAAACUGACGACGCGGCUGUGCGACAGCACAAUGCCAAAACGGCAGUACGGACGUAACAGACCACCACAAUACUGGUGGACGGACGAGAUAGCCGAGCUGCGGAAGAGUUGCCUGGCAAAACGACGACGGGUUACGAGGGCUGGAGGGAGACCCGAGAGGAAAACCCUUCAGGCCGAGUACAAGACUGAACGAAAACGACUUACUCACGCCAUCAGAGACAGCAAUACGCGAUGA